AUGAGUCAAUGCACCCAACGGAAAUACCGUGCGCCGUUCCGACCGGUCGACACCUUUUCCUCCGCACAGAAGCCCGCAUUCAAGACCCCAGCGGCAACCAAACAUCCCUACACAUCGGACGAUAGCGACUAUCCUCACGAACAGUCAACCUCUCUACUCGGCGAUUCGAGUACCCUCUUUGACGAUAUCGAGAGUCCUGCGAGCCACACAAAGCAGAAGGAAGACCUCCAACGCAGACUGAAGAUGGUGCGUGAGCGUGAGCCCCCCGUGGCUCCAGCACCACGCGAUGGAAAAGCGCCCCCGCCAAAGCCUCUACAGGAGCUCAGGAACCCCGCACCACAGUUUGGAGAGACGAGCCCGCUCAGGAACCCACUGAAGAAGGACCGGGGCGAACAAUUUGCACACCUCUUCAAUAAACCCAAACCAGGACAGAUGCGGCCGGAACAUAGGCAGACGACUAAGCUACCGUCGCAAUACUCCGCGCCCUCUAGGCCUUCACAGAGUUCAAGUUCGAGCCAGAGCAUGGAUACCCUUAACCGACCCUUCAAAGUGCCAUCCGCACAAUCAAGCUCACGCUACAGCACAGCCUCUACCUCGUCUACUAGCUCUGGCAUCUUCGAGAUUCCCGCCUCACAGUUUCAGCCUAGACCAUUUCAAGGCGGUCCAGUACCUAUCGCCAGACCGUACAACCCCGCACCAAAGACUAGUCUCCCACCUCCCCGACCGAUAUAUUCUUCCAUGGGCCACGCUGAUGGCUUCGCACCAUUGAACAAGGGGACACAUAACCCGCUACAGCAGGCGCGUCAGACGGUAAUCUUGGACGAUGAAGACAACUUUGACCCAGAUGAGGCCAUCCGAGCAGAGGGUGGACGAUUUGGCGAGCCGGACCCGUACGCCUACGUCGACUCUGGUGCGGCUAGCGAGAACAUCAAAGCGCUGCUUGAGGGCGCUUUUGAUGAGGACAACGAGAAGAUUCCGAGGACGCGACUUCGUAAGAAGAAGAAGCAACAAGAGGAAGACGCUGGCAACUCCCUAGCUGACCGGCUACAAGCGCUUGCUGUCAAGGAUGAAGAGGCGAAGGCAGAGGCCGAACCAGAGGAAGAAGAGGAAGAAGACGACGGCACAGUCGAAGGUCUCAAGGUGAAGCUACUACCUCAUCAGGUAGACGGUGUGGCCUGGAUGAUCGAGAAGGAGACGGGUAAUCACAACAAGAAGGCCAAGUUGCCCAAGGGUGGUAUACUGGCAGAUGACAUGGGUCUCGGAAAGACUGUGCAGUCUCUUGCCCUCAUCCUAUCGAAUCCUCGGCCAGAGAAAGGUGUAGAGCCAGAAAACAAGAAGAACAAGAUUUCCGACUCCACCGGCAAAGGCACACUCGUCAUCGCUCCACUAGCACUGAUCAAGCAAUGGGAAGCCGAGAUCAAGAGCAAGGUCACUAAGUCACACGCCCUCAAAGUCCUCGUACACCACGGCCCCAACCGCACAGAAUCAGCUGAGAAGCUGAAGCAGUAUGACGUCGUCAUCACCACCUUCAACAGCUUGGCUACCGACUACGCGAAAUGUGGUGAUGGCCCCGAUGGUCUGAAGAAGGGUUGUUUCGCCGUCUCAUGGUAUCGCAUCAUGCUGGACGAGGCACAUACCAUCAAGAAUCGUACCACAAAGAUGGCUAAGGCUUGUUACGAGCUGCGUUCACAUUACCGAUGGUGUCUUACUGGUACACCGAUGCAGAACAACAUUGACGAGCUACAGAGUUUGAUCAAGUUCCUUCGUAUACAACCUUACUGCGAACUUUCUGCUUGGAAGGAUUCUAUAGCGCAACCAAUGAAGAACGGUCGCGGCAACCUUGCCAUGAAGCGACUUCAAGUCUUCUUGCGUGCUUUCAUGAAGCGUCGGACAAAGGAUGUGCUACGAAAGGAGGGCGCGCUCAACUUCGGCGGCAAAGCCAAGGAGGGAGAGGAGAGGCCAGCUUUCCACAUCGUUGCGCGAAACGUUGAGACCAUCAUAGGAGAGUUCACGACUAAAGAGCGCAUCUUCUACGACCGGUUACGAGACCGCACACAAGCCCGUCUUGAUGAGAUGAUGGGUGGUGAGAAGCAAGAUUAUAUUGGAGCGUUGGUAUUACUUCUCCGUCUGCGCCAGGCUUGCAAUCAUCCAAACCUCACAAAGAGCAACGUCAAAGGUGAUAAGGAUGCUUUGACAACCGGCUCGAAUUCGAAUGCUGCAGCUGGCCUUCAAACUCCUAGGAAAGCAGCAGCCAAAGACGAUGCCGACGACCUUGCGGAUCUCCUAGGUGGGCUCAGCGUUGCGGCCAAGCGCUGUGACAUAUGCCAGAACCAUCUCAAUAGUGACAACACAGCUACUGGUGGAGCCCGUUGUAUAGAGUGCGAAGAAGAUCUUCUAGGGUCUACUAAGAAACACAAGUCGAAGAAACACCGCAAACACAAGCACAAGGAUGGCAAGUCCAAGAAGGAUCGGCGGCCAAAACCAGUCGUGGACUCCGAUGACGAAGAAGAGGCAAAGCCUGCCGCCGCGAAACAUUCCCGCAAUCGCCGCGUCGUGGUCGAUAGUGAUGACGAAGAAGAGGAGGGCGAGUGGCUCGUUCCUGAAGAACAGCAACAUGCUGAGGACUUAGGCAAGGCUGGUGGUACCGACGAUGAGAACGCAGAAGGUGGUGGUGACACGCUUGCUACAGUAGACUCAGACACAUCCGAGGAUGAGGAUCAGAGCAGGAGCAACUUGGACUCGUUCGUCGUUCACGACACUGAUAGCGAGGAUGAUGCACCUGUUGCUCGUAAGAAGUUGGCUAAGAAGUCACAGAAAGUCGUCAACCUUGAUUCCGACGAUGAAGACGCCGAUAGCGAGGAGGCUGACAGCGAGAGCGACGCUGAUUCGGACGCGUCGAACUCUGAAUCCAACUCAGAAGACGAUGCCUCGGACUCCGAAACCUCAGAAUCCUCUUACAACGCCUCGGACCUUGUGCCAUCUACCAAGAUCCGCCAACUACUUACCAUUCUCGAAAAGGAGACUGACGAACACAAGGUCAUCGUCUUCUCACAGUUCACGUCGAUGCUUGAUCUUAUCGAGCCCUUCCUCAAGCGCGCAGGUUACAACUUCACUCGCUAUGACGGUAGUAUGCGCAACGACCUCCGCGAGGCGAGUCUACAAAAGCUCCGUGAAGACAAGCGCACACGAGUCUUGCUGUGUAGUUUGAAAUGCGGUAGUCUUGGCCUCAAUCUUACGGCUGCAAGUCGUGUAGUCAUCAUGGAGCCAUUCUGGAACCCUUUCGUCGAAGAACAAGCCAUCGACCGUGUCCACCGCCUCAACCAGACCGUCGACGUAACAGUCUACCGCCUCAGCAUCCACAACUCGGUUGAAGAGCGCAUCCUCGAGUUACAAGAAGCUAAGCGUAAACUCGCCAAUGCAGCUAUUGAGGGCGGCAAGGCUAUUAAGAACCUCACUAUGAAGGACAUGAUGGCGUUGUUCAGUCGCGAGUCGGAGUACGAUAGGAAGCAUGAUGAUGAUGCGCAGGAAAUGGCUAUGUAUGGCCGGAGGAAGGUGCUGGAGGAUGACGAGGGGGCUGGCGAGGAUAUUGUUAGGAAGGCGAGGAAGGCGGGUAGUCUGGGGUUUAAGAGGACGGAGAGGAGGGAGGAGGGGGGUGCUUAUGGGCGGAGGUGA